UGUAACCUGCAGGGAUAAAAAUAGCUUAAUUAAAAAACCCUUUUCAUAAGCACUUAAAGAACUGAAAAGUAAUUAAUGAGUUAAUCAGUUUAACAUUUUAUCCAAAAGUCCAAUACGAACACUCAAAAAAGCACUUCGAAAAUAACUUAAAACAGUAACACAUUUACAAAAAUGGAAUCCACAAUAACCGGGAAUGGAAAGGCAUAACAGACGGUUUUUCUUUUGAGGAUAAAAAAUUCAUCUGUGAAGAGAUCAGGAGAUAUAUAAGAACACGUCUAAAAAAUCCAGGGGGACGGGGGAUACUUCUUUGUAAGCAUAAAAUCCAAAAACAACACAACAUACGUUUUGGGGAAAUCUAAGAGAAGCAAUUAAAAUUGUUUUUCUCUGUUAAACUCAAAAAAUAUUUCCUUAACACGAAGCCAGAUUCAACAGUGAAUCAAGAAACAAAAAAUAAUCUUUCAUCAACACAACCAUCUAAAGGAGCUCAAAGUUAAACAAGAACAGAGUAAGACGAAGGGAGUUGGAUUAUUAGAAAGGAGCUUAUUUGGAAACAACCGCGGAGAAGACGUCGCCGGCGACCCACUUCCGGUCAAGAAUUCAAGAAACAUGGAAUCAAGCAAAAGGAACAUUUACUCAUUCAAGUUCAAAGAUCCCGAUCUAAGGAGCUUACGUAGCCUGAUCUCUCAGAUGCACCCUGUAUACAGAAUCAACUUUGGAAAGAACUAUGGCAAUUUGCUCAGCAUCCUCAAUCAACAAGUGGACCAUACAGCCUUGAUCACUUUAGCCCAAUUUUAUGACUUACCUUUAAGAUGCUUCACAUUCCAAGACUUCCAGCUAGCACCAACGUUAGAAGAAUUCGAGCGUCUUGUUAGGAUCCCUAUGAAGGACAAGUCACUAUUUGAAGGGACAGAUGAAUCUUUGCCCCUCGAGGACAUUGCUAGUGCGCUACACAUGGAUGAAAAAGAAGCAAAAGAUAAUUUAGAGACCAAAGGAAAUACCAAAGGGUUUUCACUAAGUUUUCUUUUGGAAAGAGCUCAUACCCUGUUGAAGGCAGAAAGUUGGGAUGCUUGUUACUCUGCUAUUGCAUUGGCUAUCUAUGGCAUCGUCCUGUUCCCUAAUAUGGAUGGUUUUAUAGACAUGACUGCCAUUUGUGUCUUCCUUACUAGGAACCCAGUACCCACUUUGUUAGCCGAUGUCUAUUAUCACAUAAGUCAUAGGUAUACUAAGAAGAAGGGGUUGAUUGCUUGUUGUGCUCCUUUAUUGUAUCAGUGGUUUCUAGAACAUCUUCCGAAGACAGGUGCUUGGGAUGAACAAACAGAUAUUAGUUGGCCUCAGAGAUUGGGAUCACUCCGAUCUGAAGAUCUCUCUUGGUACUCCAAAGAAUAUAUCAACGCAGACAUCAUAUUCAGUUGUGGAGAUUUCCCAAAUCUACCGCUCAUUGGAACUCAAGGAUGUGUGAAUGCUAAUCCAGUUCUAUCACUCAGACAACUCGGUUACCCAAUGGAAGGCCCUCCAGAGGAAAAUUCUUUGGAAGCUUUCUUGUUACUUGACUUUGGGGCUGAGAAUCCUAGCUUAUUCCAGCGAAUCAAAGAAGCUUGGAAAAAUGUCAAUCGAAAAGGAAAAGCUGAGUUAGGGAGAGCAAAUGGGAUUACAAAAGAACCAUAUUUUCAGUGGGUAAAGGAAAGGGUGCAGAUAAUUAAAAUGCCAUUCGUCAUUCGGAUGCCUAUACCUCUUCCUGAACCUAAGCUCACCCAUGUCCCUAUUGAAGAAAUGGAGGAACUCAAGGCCACCAUGGCAAAGCUAGAAAAAGAGAAUGAAGAGCUUCAGACAAAACUCCAACAAACCAUCAAUGAGAAAAAUAAUAUGAAGUGGGAGCUUGAGAGAAAAGAAGCGCAACUUCAAGCCCACGUGGAAAAGUUCAACAAGGAGGAGCAUAAGAGAAAGAAGAUCAAAAUGGGAUUAGAACAGGCUGAUCAUUGUUUGGAUACUCUUAAGGGUCAACUACGACAAACUCAGAAAGAAUGUCAAGACAAUGAGCAUUGGUGGCAUCUAGCCACAAAGGAGAACAAGACGAUAAGGGAUACACUUGGGGCUCAGAUAAAAGAACUAACCAAUUCUGUUCGUCAGGCAAAAGCAGAAGUAGAUCAGGAGCGCCGACUCAAGAAAAUAGCCACUGAAGCUUCUAGGGUGUCACCCAUGGUAUGGGAGGAAAAGUGUCGAGAAGUAAGAGAUGCCAGGGAGUCUGUAAGCUAUUGGAAGAACCAGCUAGAGUCAUUACGCCAGGACAGCUCCAUAUGGUUAAAAGAGCGAGACUAUGUGAUUGAAGAUUAUGAAUCCUUUAAGAAGACCAUAGACUUCUUACAAGGGGACAGGGAUAAGUUUCGUGCAAAACUCGAUGGGCUAGUAGGAUUCUGUAAUUGGGCAGCUGAAGAGUUGCCAUGGAGGUUGAGAGACGCAGUCGAAGAGUUGAAAGAAGAUAGCACUCCUCCAGCCAUAAUCAAUUUCGUUAUGCUCUUCAAAGGGUUGUUGAAGAGAUUCAAUGAGGAACUAAAAGAGCUUCAGGCCAGAAAGCCAGCUGUUUAAUUUGCUUAUGUCUUGUAUUUUGUUUCUUUAACAAAUGUACUUUUGAAUUAUGACCUUUUUGGACCUCUAUGUUAUGUAUUGGAAUGAAUGACGUAAAAAAAAAAAAAAUUUACUCCAUUACUGCUAUUAUAAAUAUUUUCUUUGUUUCUUCGAA